CGUUUGUAAUGUGACACAGGUUUUCUAGCAACAUGUGAGAAGUCUGCCUGCAAAGUGAAUCGCGUUAAAAUUAACAAUUUUUAUUUUUUAAUUUUUCAGCAAAUCGGAGAUAAUUAACACUUCUCGGAUCGUAUCAGCAGAUGAGCAUUUGAAGCAUGAAGCGGCUGUACGUCGGUGGCCUGAGCCACGCGAUUACUCAGAAAGAUCUCCGAGAUCGAUUCGGGAAGUUCGGCGAGGUGUCUGACGUGGAGAUAAUAACACGGAAGGACGAAGACGGAUCUCCUCUGAAGACAUUUGCUUACGUGAAUAUUACUAUUUCUGAUCCCGACUACAAGAGAUGCGUCACAGUGUUGAACAAAUCCAAGUGGAAAGGUGGAACGUUACAAAUCGAAUUGGCAAAGGAAAGCUUCUUACACAGACUUACAGCAGAGCGGCAGCAAGCAGCUGAGAAGAUUCAGACACCGAAGACUGAUGCAAAAGAAAAAAUCUUGGAGUCCUUCAAGACAGCUGGUGUAGAGAACUUCCACAUGAAAGCAGCUGUUCCAGGAACUGAGAUCCCAGGACACAAGAACUGGGUGGUGAGCAAAUUUGGAAGAGUCCUUCCUGUCGUCCAUCUGAAAUGUCAAGGCAAAAACAAGGUCCUCAAGUACGAUCCAUCGAAGCACUGCCACAACAUCAAGAAGCUUGAGCUCGAGGACGGCUUCACUCCAGUGUCCAAACUGACAUGGCAGAUAGAAGGCGGCGACGACGAGAUCAGCAAGAGGAGACGAGGCGAGUUCCCACCACAGAAAAAACGCCUCAUGAAGACCAAAACGUUUUUGGACCCAAGCAGUGUUCCAUAUUCUUCACCCGCUCCUGAGAGCUGGAGGGCAGUGCAGGAUAGAGAUACUGCCCCAAGGUCGCUGCAAGGUCGUAAGCCUCCCGUGUGUGUGUUCGACAGCGACGCUGACUCAGAGGAUGAAUUCCGCAUGCUAGUCGCACAAGAGCUUUCGAGAAACCAUAAAACAGUCGUCUCAGAAAAUGAAGGAAACCUCGAAGUGGUGGGUGAUGACUUUGUUGUGAAACCCAGCAUGUUCUGGGGCGGAGGGAAAACCGGCUUUAACACACAACUCGGAGGUUUAAAACCUCCAGAGAACGAUGAGGAAUACGACUCGGCUGACACGGAUGAAAUAUUGACUCAGAACAAAAAUCCAGGUAAAGCUGAGGAUCUGGUCGAGACUGAAACAUGCAGCAAGUCUCCUGUAAAGUCCAAGAAGAUCAACGGGAAGAAACCUGCAAUCAAAAACACACAGGCACGCACUGAUUCAGAGUCGGAUAAUGACGCCGAAUCAUCAGGUGAGAGCAUCGACUCUGAUUACGAAGCCAUGAUGGGGAACUGCCAGCGGUUGGAGCUGACUCUAGGAGAUCUGGAGGCUCUUGUUAAAAAUAUGGAGGAUGAAGAAAGCAGCGACGAUGAUGACGCAAAAGUAGGACCAAGCGAAACAUCCAAACCGUCUCCUGUACAUGAAACUAGUCCGCAGAAAGCGCAGUCAAAAAAGAGCGGCAUAAACCCUGAAGAUAUUUUAGCGUCUCUCUUUGGACCAGAUGAGGACAAAGAGGAUAAAAAGAAAAAUGUCAAAAAGUCUUGUCUUCCUGCUUUCGUUGGGACAAAGGACCUAUUUGGUAGCACUAACAUAUCUACUGGACUUAAGAGAGCAGCUGAAAAAGUGGACUGUGAACCUAAAAGAUUAAAACCAGACGUGAAAACGAUGGAAGAUGAAGAAUCAAGUGCACACUUACCUACGCUAAACAAGAAAGACCUUAAAGUCCAUAGAGAUGGAUCCGACGAUGAAAUGGAAAUUACUCAAGAAUCAAAGAAGCUCACUUUUAAACCAAAUUCCUCCCUAAAAGUAAAUGUCAUGAGCAGUGAUGAAGAAGAGGAGGAGGAGGAGGAGGAAGAAGAAGAAGAAGAGGAGGAGGAAGAAGAAGAAGAGGAGGAGGAGGAAGAAGAAGAAGAAGAGGAGGAGGAAGAAGAAGAGGAGGAGGAGGAGGAAGAAGAAGAAGAAGAAGAGGAGGAGGAGGAGGAAGAAGAGGUGGAGGAAGAAGAACAAACCCUCUCUUUAGAAACCAAAACCUCAAAGAUGAAAACACACCAAAGCUCUGUUUCUGACAGCACUGAGUCCAGUGAAGAAUCAGAGACCAGCAGCGAUGAAGAGGAGCAGAAGAGUAAUAAACCAGAAGCAGCAUCAAAGCCUAGUCCUAAACAGAUGAAUGAAAACACUGGAUCAGGUCCACAGCCAUUUCAGCAGUCUGUUUUAGACCCAGAGAAGCAGCAGCAGGACAAUCUGAAGCGCCUCGCCGCUUUGGAGCAGAGGCAGAAAGAGGCAGAGCAGCAGAAGAAGCUCAUACAGGGUGCGCUCUCGAAAGUGGAUUUGCCGAACGCAAACAAGGGCAAACAUAUUGUAUUCGAUUCCGAUGACGAAGUUAAUAAUGACAGUGAAAACACAACACCCCAAAAAGCAAACCUGUUUAAUGAAGAUUCUGAUGAAGAUGAAGGCUCAGGAUCAGAAGAAAAACAAAUCCUCGGAGAAAAGAAAUUGAAAACAGAAGGCAGCAGACUGUUCGACAGCAGUGAGGAUGAGGAUGAUGGCAAUGAGGACGAUCGCUUCAAGAUCAAGCCUCAGUUUGAAGGCAGAGCUGGACAGAAGCUCAUGGAGUUGCAGUCCAGAUUUGGAACUGAUCCAAGAUUUCAGAUGGACGCCAAGUUUCUUGAAAGUGAUGAUGAAGAACGGGAGCAAGAUAUGGAACCCCAGCAAACACCAGGAGAGCAGGAGCUGGCUGACGAGAAGAAGAAAAACCUGUCCAUCUUACAAAGUGUCCUUAAUGUCAGCAUUCAGCCAAGUGACACCAGUAAAGAGGCGACAAAAGGCAAAAUCUUCAAGGACAUUUCAGCAUUGCACUACGAUCCUUCGAGUGAGACUCACGCAGCUUUUGAAACCAAGACAGACACACCCAAAAAAGAAAGCAAAGCGGCAAGGCGAAAGAAACGCGAGGAGGCCAUGAAGCUUCCGGAAGUUUCUAAGGACAUCUACUAUGACGUGACUACAGAUCUAAAAGAGGUGUUUGGGAUGGGGAACGAUAUUGAAAACGAAAAGAAAGCAGUUGCAUGGGACCAAAAUGACGACGGCGACGACAAUGAGCGCAAGGAAGAAGGUGUGCAUGCGUUUCCGUUUCUAUCUAAUCAAGAAGCCGAGCCAUCAAGCGGAUUUAAAUUCUCGUUCUUUGGAGAUGAUGCAGUAACAAAGACCACAACAACAGAGGAAUACAAAGUUGAGCCUAUAAAAGGGGCCAAAGUGCCUUGGCAAGUAGACCCUCGAUUCCAGGACAGCAGUUCGGAGGAGGAGGACGAGGAUAUGGAGGAAGAGAAAGAAGAAAAGGAAGAGGCUGCCUUGGUCAAUACAACUGAACAGCCGACCCCAAAGAAAAAGUUUUUCUUCUUCUUUGAUGAUGAUAUUCGAUUGAAGGAGGGACCCAGUAUGUUCUGCAGGCGUGAGAAGCUGGAGGAUCAGAGAGAAGCAUGGGAGGAGAAGAGGAAUGAUCUCAGAGAGGAUUACCGCAAGAAGCACAAAGAUGCCAAAAGACGAUUCAGGAUGAGAACAAAAACCUGAACACACUGCCUUACAUUUCUUAAUUAAAGUUUUUCUGUGAAAUAACAAGGUUUGUUUUAUCACAGAAAUAAAGAAUAUUUUGAGUUUUCUUUCAAUGCUUUAAUUUAAUACCUCAACCUGCUCAACAUAUUUGUGCCUGUGAAUUAAAACCUGUGUAAAUAAAUAUGUUUUCAAUA